ACAUCGUGAGCGGAGCCGGACGUAGCACGAGCCCGGAUUGCAGCACCGCUCCUUUCCCGGCUGCCUCGCGUGGAGAUUCUCCUGCUUUUCUUUUGUUUUUAUUUUUUUUUCGAUUUAAAAGGGAAGAUAUUUUUAAUUUUUUUUUAAUAGCUAUAUUUUAUUUUUUUUUUCGCCCCGCUUUCCAUCGCGGUUCGCGGCGGGGCUCGCCUUCGCUCCCUUCCAGCGCGCAGCGGCUGCGCUGGGGCCGCUCCUGCCCGGCUUUGUGCCCUGCAGACCCGGCCCUCCUCUUCCUCCUCCUCCCCCUCCUGCCGUAAAACCUUAACGAGGCUCGGAGCAGCAUCCGAAAGCGCCGCAGCCGCUCGCCCGAACCACUGACUGCAACAAAAACCCUUUUAUUUUUUCUUUUUUAAACCAUAUAUUUCCCCCACCACCUUCCCCCUUCCCCCUCCCCCCCUUUUUUUUUCUCCUCCUCCCUCCCGCGAACGCAUCAAGGUGGACGCGGAGCGUAGAAAGACCUUUGUUUUAAAAAUGCCCAUGGAGCUGACGCAAAGCCGCAUCCAGAAGAUUUGGCUUCCCAAUGACAACCGCCCGGCGCUGCCCCGCCGAUCCUGUGGGCCUCAGCUUGCCAAUUCCCCCACGGUGAUAGUCAUGGUUGGCCUCCCAGCCCGUGGCAAGACCUACAUCUCCAAGAAGCUGACGCGCUACCUCAACUGGAUUGGUGUUCCCACAAAAGUUUUCAACGUUGGGGAGUAUCGCCGUGAGGCCGUGAAGCAUUACAGCUCCUAUGACUUCUUCCGUCCUGACAACGAGGAGGCCAUGAAAGUCAGGAGGCAAUGUGCCAUGGCCGCCCUGAGGGAUGUGAAGCUGUACCUGACGGAGGAGGCCGGGCAGAUUGCGGUUUUUGAUGCCACCAAUACCACGCGGGAGAGGAGAGGGAUGAUCCUGAACUUUGCCAAAGAGAACGGAUUCAAGGUGUUCUUCAUCGAAUCUGUCUGCAACGAUCCCAAUGUAGUGGCCACCAACGUAAUGGAAGUCAAAUUGUCCAGCCCAGAUUACCGGGACUGUAAUUCCACCGAUGCCAUGGAGGAUUUCAUGAAGAGGAUCAAUUGUUACCAAGCCAGCUACCAGCCCCUUGACCCUGAUGACUAUGACAGGGAGCUUUCUCUCAUCAAAGUCAUCGACGUUGGCCGGCGGUUCCUGGUCAACAGGGUUCAGGAUCACAUCCAGAGCAGGAUUGUUUACUACCUGAUGAACAUCCACGUCCAGCCCCGCACCAUUUACCUCUGUCGGCACGGGGAGAGCGAGUUCAACCUCAAGGGGAGGAUUGGAGGGGACUCUGGCCUCUCCAACAGGGGCAAGAAGUUUGCAGUGGCACUGAACAAAUUUGUGGAAGAGCAGAACCUGAAGGACCUCAAAAUUUGGACCAGCCAGCUAAAGAGGACAAUCCAAACAGCAGAAGCUCUGCAGCUGCCCUAUGAGCAGUGGAAGGCACUCAAUGAAAUCGAUGCUGGUGUGUGUGAAGAAAUGACCUAUGAAGAAAUCAGGGAGCAACAUCCAGAGGAAUUUGCCCUGCGUGAUCAGGAUAAAUAUUACUAUCGUUAUCCUUCUGGGGAGUCCUACCAAGACCUGGUGCAGCGCCUGGAGCCAGUCAUCAUGGAGCUGGAGAGGCAAGAGAACGUCCUUGUCAUCUGCCACCAGGCUGUCAUGCGCUGUCUCCUGGCGUACUUCCUGGACAAGAGCGCAGAUGAAAUGCCCUACCUGAAAUGUCCCCUGCACACGGUGUUGAAGCUGACCCCAGUAGCCUAUGGCUGCCGAGUGGAAUCCAUCUCACUGAACAUUGAAGCAGUCAACACACACAGAGAUCGGCCAGAGGAAGCAAAGAAGGGACCUAACCCGCUCAUGAGACGUAAUAGCGUUACCCCUCUAGCAAGCCCAGAGCCCACCAAAAAACCUCGCAUCAACAGCUUUGAGGAGCAUGUGGCUGUUUCUUCUGCCCUGCCAGGCUGUGUUCCUCAGGAAGUGCCCACGCAGAUGCCGGGACAACCUUUACUAGGGAAGGCAUGCCUAACAUGAACAACUCCCAGAAGCCGUCGUGACUCCGUGGGCGCCGUGGUGAGGCCGCCGGCGCUGCUGCCGGCGCUGCCAGCUUCUCAUCCCAUCACCAUUCCCGAAGCUUGCUUCCAAACCGGCCCCCUCAGGCUGCGGCGAGGCCGACCCUCGGCUGGCUCCGCUCACACGCUGCUGCUGCCCGUUCAUCCGCAAAAUCCCGCGCUGCUGACGGGGAAGGGAUGCAGGAGAGCGGAGGAAGAGCCCGGCUCCCUCCUGGGGUCACCACCAGCUCUUCAGACUGCAGCAUUUGCUCUCCUCUCCAGCGUCCUGUUAGGUCGUAGCAAGCUGUAAAGUGCUUCUGUAGCGCACAGGAGUUUUAAUUUUCUCUUUCAGUGGUUUUGAUCUUCUGUAUAGAUGAUUGGUACCCAUCGAUCUCUGGGUGGGGUGUGUAUAUAUGUGGAUGGUGCGGGGUUAGCGGAGAAAUGGGGGGAAGGGAGGGUGGGUAAAGGGGUUUUGCAUUUUUUUUAUUAUUAUUAUUAAUGUUGUUAAUUACUUUUGAAUAAGCCCCUAACAUGCUGUGCUGCAGUCCCUCACACACACUACAACUGGUCGCACGUGCUAGCCUGGCUCAUGCAGAGCUGUGAGCACCAGUAAAAGCAGCUGUGUGAACUCCUUCACUGCAGGAACUGCUGGAUUCAAUAAAAAAACAACAACCCAUUCUUUCACUAUUUUUUUUUUUUUUUAAAUCAACAUACCUUAAAGGGGUUUGCAGAGAAUGUAGAUCUGCUACUAAAACUGGUUGAAAGCUGCCUGCAGUGCAUGAGGAACCAUGCCAGCAUGGGCUCGGGUGAUGCUUUCAUCUUGGGGAGCACCCAGGUAUGGUCUGAGUUCAGGCAUUGGGCUGAAUUUUGGGAAGGCUGAGCACUGUUUGAGGUGCUGUGCUGGUACUUCAUCUCCCCUUUCUUCUUUUUUAGAUGGAAGUGGAGGUAUUGGGAAAGGUUUGAAUCCCUAGGCUGAGAUGCAUUUUGUAGACACACAGGUCUCAUGAAGGUGGCCAGAGGUCUGGCUGGGUUGCAGGAGUCCCUGUCUGACUGCAAAAAGCCACAAGAAGGGACAGUUUUGUCUGUAUUUUUUUAAUUUUAUGUAUACAUGCACACGUGUGUGUGUAUAUGUGUAUACUUAGAAACUGCUUGGAUUUUGCACUUUAAUCGUGGCAGAAGCAUAACUACUUUAUUUUUUUCCAAGUUGUACCCCUUAACAGGGGAAGCCUGAAUACAGGCGACUUUCUCUGUUUUUAAUUGUAUUUUGCAUGCUGGAAAGCUGGGACUACAAAAUAAGAGUAGUUACAGUGUUUGAGGUGUGGGGGGGAACAUGGUGAGGUCUUGAUUGACUCCAUCAGCCAACUCCCAGUGGUUUGAUCUGUAAGAUCCCUUGUUGGCUGGCAGACAGCAGUUAAAGAUGGCAGUUAACCACUAUUGCUUUGUGCAAAAGUCUGUGGAUUUUAGAUUUUUUUUUUUUAAGAGUUUUGGAUUAUUUUUUUUUUUUCCCCCACAGUGUGCAGCAUCUUCUCCGUGCCCAUCUCAUGGGUUUGUUUGGUUUUUUUUGCUGGAGGCAAGAGGUGAAAGCAGCCACCCCUCCUGCAGCACUAGGCUGGGGAACUGGGGGUGGGACAGCCCUUUGGAUUCAUCCUUCCUGUGGCUUUCCCCAGUGUCCCAUCUAGGGAACACCAUCCCCAGAGAUGGGAUCGGGAAGGUUUGGUGGAGAAAUGAUUUUGGUGAGCACGUGUGUAUGUUUUGGGGGUGGGUUUGGUCUGUUUUUCCUUUGGGAAAAGGUGAACCACAGUGCCUCACGCUUCGGCCUCGCGCAGGAGCGGCACCGACGGCGGGAGGGCGCCGGGGCCACGCUCAGCCCGUGUCCCACAGGGGUGACAGCCCUGGCAGUGCCCUGCCUGUGUGAGCUUGUGCAUAUGUGUAUCAUAUUCCUGUACAGAUAAAGAACACUCUACCCCCUCGCUUUAUUUCUGUUUUAAUAGCUUCAUUAAAAGCGGACUUCUCCCUUUGUGCCCUGGCUGGCAUCGGCGCUUUUGGUUUCUCUGCCUUUCAGAUAAAUGAAUGUUUUGGGGAGGCCACUCACUUGGCUCUUUUCAGCUUCCUCCUUCUUGGGGAGUUUUAUCUCUCUCCUCCUCCUCCUGCUGCAAAAAGAUAAGCCAGCGAAUACAAACGUGACGUCUGGCUGCCCCGAGAUCAAUCAUGUGCACGUGUAAUUGCACAGAUGUUUUGGUGUGUAUUUGUGUGUGGGUGUAUAUAAACAUAUAUAUAUAUAAAAUGAAAAAAAAAACAAAAUGGCCCUAAACUUUUAUCUUUUAGUAAUAAUAGAUGUCUCAGUAGGUCUACAAAGACCUGAAAUUUGAACAUGGUGGUUUUUUCCAGCACUGGGAAAACUGUUCUCUUGAGUUCCUCUUGUGCUGCAGGGGUUGGUGGGAUGGUGUCAACCCUGUGCCAUCACAUCUGCCCCAAAAAACGUGUUGUCCAUCUUUUUGGUUAAUGGAGCCAAAGACUGGGCAGUUGAUGCCGCAGCCAAGGCGGAUGGGGAGAGAGGAUAUGUCAAACCACACCAAUGAUUUCUUACCCCACCUUUAUUUUUCUCUCUGGUUUGUUUUCCUUUGUGAUACUUGAAUUUAUUUUUUUAAAUUUUUUUUUUUUUAAUAGCAAAGCGCUUGUUAUUUAUUUAAUGUAUACUGCAAAGCUUGGAGAGAAGGGUAUAGUUACCUGGGAUUACUUUUUUUUAUUUUUUUUUUUUUUAAUUUGUGGUAUGUUAACUGUUCUGUAUAUAUGUCUGGAAUAACUGCCUGAUAUAAAGCUGUGCCAGCUUAAAAACAGGGUAUGCCUUUCAGAAAUUUGUAUAUUUUGCAGUUGCUGGACCAAUAAAACAUCUUGUUGAAAUACA